AAGUAACCAUGGCAACUAAAUUGAUAAAGAAUUGUUUAACGAUAUUGAUAUCCUUUUCAUUUUGUGGAAUCAUAUACUAUUUGUUUAAAACUUCUGCCAAAGAAAGAUAUCAAAAAGCAAAUCUUCGCAUAAUCUUGUUGAAUAGCGGCUUGGGUGGGAAAGGAUAUGGUGAUAAAAAUGUAUCAAUGGAGUACACAACUGAAGCUACUUUCACUCAUCCCAAACAUGAACCGAGAAGCAGGAAAUAUCGACAAUUAAAUCUUGGCAUGAUUAUGUUGAAUAGCAGCUUGGAUCUGAAGGAAGAUGGCGAUGUAAAUAUAUCACUGGAAUACUGAAGUUAUUUUCACUCAUCCUAUGUCUACAUUCAAACAAUUUGGUCUCGAACAGAUAGACUUUUUAAAGAGAAUGGAAUCAAAACGACCGUUGUUUAAUAUUACGAUGGAACCUUGGAAAAUUUUGCAAACAAAACAUAGAAUGGAUUCAACAGAUUGUCGAUGGCCAAUGAUUAUUGCAGUAAAAACAGCAUACUAUAGGGUUGAACAAAGACAACGUGUCAGGAAAACAUGGGGUUUCAACAAAUUUUUAAUGGAGUUUGUUUAGAUGUUGUUUUUGUUGUUGCAAGCACAUCAACCGCAGAAGCGAAUGUUAAGUUAGGAAAAGAAGAAUCGGAGCAUGGCGAUAUUUUACAGAUUGAAUUGGAAGAAACCUAUCGAAACAUUGGAUUAAAAGCCCUGGCUUCGAUGCGAUGGGUAGCGGAUAAUUUUCCAAGCAACUAGAUAUAUUCAUCUGGAGAUGAUGACAUGUUACCAGAUUUCCCUCGUUUAUUCAAAAAUAUAGAAAAAUCAAUACCCGAAGAAAGGAAAUUUUCAACAAAUUCCAGCAAUUCUAUCUUGAAUCAUCGAUUAAACACGAAAAAUUUCCCAAUAUUUUGCGGACAUGGAUAUAGACCUACAUCAAAACCACGUCGAUAUAUAUCAAAAAUCAAAUCUUCGCAUGAUCUUGUUGAAUAGCGACUUGGGUGUAAAGAGAUAUGGUGAUAAAAAUGUAUCAAUGGAGUACACAACUGAAGCUACUACCACUCAUCCUAAACAUGAACCGAGAAGCAGGAGAUAUCAACAAUCAAAUCUUGGCAUGAUUGUGUCGAAUAGCAGCUUGCCUCUGAAGGAAGAUGGCGAUAAAAAUAUAUCACUGGAAUACUCCACUGAAGCUAUUUUCACUCAUCCUAUGUCCACAUUCAAACAAUUUGGUCUCGAACAGAUAGACUUUUUAAAGAGAAUGAAAUCAAAACGACCAUUGUUUAAUAUUACAAUGGAACCUUGGAAAAUUUUGCAAACAAAACAUAGAAUGGAUUCAACAGAUUGUCGAUGGCCAAUGAUUAUUGCAGUAAAAACAGCAUACUAUAGGGUUGAACAAAGACAUCGUGUCAGGAAAACAUGGGGUUUCAACAAAUUCUUCAAUGGAGUUUGUUUAGAUGUUGUUUUUGUUGUUGCAAGCACAUCAACCACAGAAGAGAAUGUUAAGUUAGGAAAAGAAGAAUCGGAGCAUGGCGAUAUUCUACAGAUUGAAUUGGAAGAAACCUAUCGUAACAUUGGAUUAAAAGCCCUGGCUUCGAUGCAAUGGGUAUCGGAUAAUUUUCCAAGCAACUGGAUAUACUCAUCUGGAGAUGAUGACAUGCUACCAGACUUCCCUUGUUUAUUCAAAAAUAUAGAAAAAUCAAUACCCGAAGAAGGGAAAUUUUCAACAAAUUCCAGCAAUUCUAUCUUGAAUCAUCGAUUAAACACGAAAAAUUUCCCAAUAUUUUGCGGACAUGGAUAUAGACCUACAUCAAAACCACAUCGAUUUGAGAGUAAAUGGCAUGUCAGCGUAGAAAUAUAUCCCUAUGACUAUUAUCCGCCGUUUUGUUUGGGCGGAUUUUAUUCAAUGUCAGUAAAGCACGCCAGCGCAAUUUACUCUGUUUCAAGAUGGUACCCCUAUUUUUAUUUGGAUGAUGUUUGGAUAACAGGAUUUAUGAGACUACGGUUGUGUGAUGUGAUGACGGAUCGGGAUUUUUUAUUCAACAAGAGGGAUAUUCACUGUGGGAUAUCUUCUAUGAACGAAGUUGCAGUAAAGCACGAUAUCUAACUGAAGUUAUUUCCCUUUUUUUAAAUGUAAAGAUGUUCACUAUUUGGUUCGCGAACAUUGUUAAUUAAACGAUAAAUAUUUAUAUUCGAGCCAGAUUCGGAAAGCACUGUGCAAUGUGUAGGUGUUAUAUUUUCUUUUA